AGCCUCACUCUAAACCAGACGAAUAUUACUAAUAUUAUAAUUUCACCCAAAAAAGUGUCCCUUUGAGUCUCUCUUCCCUCGUCGUCUCACGUGGCAGUUGCGAUACCACUGAUAAGUCUGCGGUUCCUACACCACCCCAUCCAUGGCGGUCUCAGCACCACCGUCAGCUACCGGUCUCCGACUCCGAUGCAUCAACACCUUCUCUCCCUCACUCCGUCCUCACCGCUCAUUCCCCACUCCCUCCUCCAACAAAUCUCUAACCGUCAUCGCAAUGGCUCCCAAAAAGAAGGUGAACAAGUACGACGGUAACUGGAAGAAGGAGUGGUUCGGCGCCGGGAUCUUCUACGAGGGAAGCGAGCAGGUGGACGUCGACGUGUUCAAGAAGCUGGAGAAGAGUAAGGUGCUGAGCACCGUCGAGAGAGCAGGGCUGCUGUCCAAAGCGGAGGAGUUGGGGGUCACGCUUUCUUCGAUCGAGAAGCUCGGUUUGUUUUCCAAGGCGGAGGAGCUCGGGUUGCUGAGUUUGUUGGAGAGUGCCGCUGGCUUUUCCCCCUCAGUGUUGGCGUCGGCGUCGAUCCCGGCGCUUGUGGCUGCCCUUGCGGCGGUCGUCCUCAUUCCAGAUGACUCAGCUGGGCUCGUGGUCGUCCAGGACGUCGUCGCUGCCGUGUUCGGCGUCGGGGCUGUCGGGUUGUUAGUUGGGUCUGUUGUUCUAGGCGGAUUGCAAGAGGCUGAUUAGUUGAAUUGAAUUGAAGAACAUUAGGUGGAUUAAUUUUUGUUUUUUGUUUUUUUUCCUCUUUUAGUUUUUGAAUUGAGGCCAUCGCUUUAACUUUAUAGUGUAAAAAAAAUAAAUUACUGAAACUGAAAGUGGGAACAUACAAGGUUUCUUUA